AUGGUGGUAUCUGCUGGCCCUUGAUCCAGUGAGAAGGCAGAGAUGAACGUUCUAGAAAUCAAUGAUAAAUUGCACCCCCAGCUGGCAGAGAACAAGCAGCAGUUCAGAAACAUCAAAGAGAAAUUUCUUGUAACUCAAGUGGCCUAUUUCCAGGCCAACCGGCAGAACAAAUGCCAGUAUGAAGAGUGCAAAGACCUCAUAAAAUCGAUGCUAAGGGAUGAGCUGCAGUUCAAGGAGGAGAAGCUUGCAGAGCAGCUUAAGCAAGCUGAGGAGCUCAGGUGAUAUAAAGUCCCAGUCCACUCUCAGGAACAAGAGCUGAGCCAGUUAAGGGAGAAGUUAUGGGAAGGGAGAGAUGCCUCCCACUCAUUGAAUCAGCAUCUCCAGGCCCUCCUCACUCCAGAUGAGCCGGACAAGUCCCAGGGGCAGGACCCCCAAGAACAGCUGGCUGAGGGUUGUAGACUGGCACAGCACCUUGUCCAAAAGCUCAGCCCAGAAAAUGAUGAAGCUGAGGAUGAAGAUGUUAAAGUUAAGGAGGCUGAGAAAGUACAAGAAUUAUGUGCCCCCAUGGAGGUGCAGAAAGCUGAAGAAAGGGAAUUCCCUGAGGACUCACUGGAGGAAUGUGCCAUCACUUGUUCAAAUAGCCACAGCCCUUGUGACUCCAACCAACCUCAUAGAAACACCAAAAUCACCUUUGAGGAAGACAAAGUCUACCCAACUCUCACUGACUCAUCCUCUUAUGGUGAAUGGCAGGAUGCUGUACACAUUAUCCCAGUCCCUGGCUCCACCUCUUCUGCCACAAACAUCAGCAUGGUGGUAUCUGCCAGCCCUUGGUCCAGUGAGAAGGCAGAGAUGAACAUUCUAGAAAUCAACGAGAAAUUGCACCCCCAGCUGGCAGAGAACAAACAGCAGUUCAGAAACCUCAAAGAGAAAUUUCUUGUAACUCAAGUGGCCUGCUUCCUGGCCAACCAGCAGAACAAAUACAAAUAUGAAGAGUGCAAAGACCUCAUAAAAUCUAUGCUGAGAGAUGAGCUGCAGUUCAAGGAGAAGCUUGCAGAGCAGCUCAAGCAAGCUGAGGAGCUAAGGCCAUAUAAAGUCGUGGUUCAUGCUCAGGAAUGAGAGCUGACCCCGUUAAGGGAGAAGUUAUGGGAAGGGAGAGAGGCCUCCCGCUCAUUGAAUCAGCAUCUCCAGGCCCUCCUCACUCCAGAUGAGCCGGACAAGUCCCAGGGGCAGGACCUCCAAGAACAGCUGGCUGAGGGGUGUAGACUGGCACAGCACCUUGUCCAAAAGCUCAGCCCAGAAAAUGAUGAAGAUGAGGAUGCAGAUGUUCAAGUUGAGGAGGCUGAGAAAGUAGUGGAAUCAUCUGCCCCCAGCGAGGUUCAGAAGGCUGAAGAAAGCGAAGUCCCUGAGGACUCACUGGAGGAAUAUGCCGUCACAUGUUCAAAUAGCCACAGCCCUUGUGACUCCAACCAGCCACACAGGAAAACCAAAAUCACAUUUGAGGAAGACAAAGUCGACUCAACUCUCAUUGACUCAUCUUCUCAUGUUGAAUGGGAGGAUGCUGUACACAUUAUCCCAGAAAAUGAAAGUGAUGGUGAGGAAGAGGAAGACAAAGGGCCAGUGUCUCCCAGGGACAUGGAUGAAGCUGGAAACCGUCAUUCUCAGCAAACUAUUGCAAGGACCAAAAACCAAAUACUGCAUGUUCUCACUCAUAGGAAUCUGCAGGAGUCUGAAGAGGAGGAAGCCCCCCAGGAGUCCUGGGAUGAAGGUUAUUCGACUCUCUCAAUUCCUCCUGAGAUGUUGGCCUCGUACCAGUCUUACAGGAGCACUUUUCACUCAUUAGAGGAACAGCAAGUCAGCUUGGCUCUUGACAUAGGCAGACAUCAGUGGGAUCAAGUGGAAAAGGAGGACCAAGAGGCAACAGGUCCCAGGCUCAGCAGGGAGCUGCUGGAUGAGAAAGAGCCUGAAGUCUUGCAGGACUCACUGGAUAGAUGUUAUUCGACUCCUUCAGGUUAUCUUGAACUGAUUGACUUGUGCCAGCCCUACAGAAGUGCCUUUUACGUAUUGGAGCAACAGCAUGUUUGCUUGGCUCUUGACGUGGAUGAAAUUGAAAAGUACCAAGAAGUGGAAGAAGACCAAGACCCAUCAUGCCCCAGGUUCAGCAGGGAGCUGCUGGAUGAGAAAGAGCCUGAAGUCUUGCAGGACUCACUGGAUAGAUGUUAUUCGACUCCUUCAGGUUAUCUUGAACUGCCUGACUUAUGCCAGCCCUACAGAAGUGCCGUUUACUCAUUGAAGGAACAGUACGUUGGCUUGGAUCUUGACAUGGACAGAAUUAAAAACGACCAAGAAGAGGAAGACCAAGACCCACCAUGCCCCAGGAUCAGCAGGGAGCUGCUGGAGGUAGUAGAGCCUGAAGUCUUGCAGGACUCACUGGAUAGAUGUUAUUCGACUCCUUCAGGCUAUCUUGAACUGACUGAUUCAUGCCAGCCCUAUGGAAGUUCCUUUUACUCAUUGGAGGAACAACAUGUUGGCUUUUCUCUUGACAUGGACGAAAUUGAAAAGUACCAAGAAGAGGAAGAAGAUCAAAACCCACCAUGCCCCAGGCUCAACGGCAUGCUGAUGGAAGUGGAAGAGCCUGAAGUCUUGCAGGACUGACUGGAUAGAUGUUAUUCGACUCCUCCAAGGUACUUCGAACUACCUGACUCAUUCCAGCACUACAGAAAUGUGUUUUACUCAUUUGAGGAACAGCACAUCAGCUUGGCCCUUGACAUGGACAAUAGUGAAAAGUGACAGAAGAUAGAGGAAGAAAAAGGGCCAGCAUCUCCCAGGCUCAGCAGGGAGCUGUUGGGAGUGGAAGAGCCUGAAGUCUUGCAGGACUCACUGGAUAGAUAUUAUUCGACUCCUACCAGUUAUCUUGAACUGCCUGACUCAUGCCAGCCCUACAGAAGUAUUUACUCAUUGGAGGAACAGCAUGUUGGCUUGGCUCUUGUUGGGGACAGAAUUAAAAAGGACCAAGAAGAGGAAGAAGACCAAGGCCCACCAUGCCCCAGGCUCAGCAGCAAGCUGCUGGAAGGGGAAGGGCCUGAAGUCUUGCAGGACUCACUGGAUAGACGUUAUUCACCUCCUUCCAGUUAUCUUGAACUGUGUGACUCAUGCCAAUCUUACAGAAGUGCCUUUUACUCAUUGGAGGAACAGCAUGUUGGCUUGGCUCUUUACGUAGACAACAUUGAAAAAAAUCAAGAAGAAGAAGAUCAAGACCCACCAUGCCCCAAGCUGAGCCCGGAACUUCCAGAGGUGGAGGAACAGGACGUCCUGCAGGACUCCCUGGAUGAAGUUUACUUGACUCCUUCACUCCCCCGUGACCUGUCUGACUGCCAGCAGCCUUACAACAGCACAUUGUACUCACUGGAGGAUCAGCUCACCUGCUUUGCUCUCGAUGUAGCCUAAAUAAAGAAAUAUGAUGAGGUUUUCAGGGACAACAAUCCCCACUGUCCCAAGCUCACCACGGAGCUACUGGAUGAGAAAGAGCCUGAAGUCUUGCAGGACUCAGUGGAUAGAUGUUAUUUGACUCCUUCAGGUUAUCUUGAACUGCCUGACUUAUGCCAGCCCUACAGAAGUGCCGUUUACUCAUUGGAGGAACAGUACCUUGGCUUGGCUCUUGACGUGGACAGAAUUAAAAAGGACCAAGAAGAGGAAGAAGACCAAGGCCCACCAUACCCCAGGCUCAGCAGGGAGCUGCUGGAGGUAGUAGAGCCUGAAGUCUUGCAGGACUCACUGGAUAGAUGUUAUUCAACUCCUUCCAGUUAUCUUGAACUUCCUGAUUCAUGCCAGCCCUAUGGAAGUUCCUUUUACUCAUUGAAGGAACAACAUGUUGGCUUUUCUCUUGAUGUGGAUGAAAUUGAAAAGUACCAAGAAGGGGAAGAAGAUCAAAACCCACCAUGCCCCAGGUUCAAUGGCAUGCUGACGGAAGUGGAAGAGCCUGAAGUCUUGCAGGACUCACUGGAUAGAUGUUAUUCGACUCCUUCAACGUACUUCAAUGAGUCAGUGCUACCUGACUCAUUCCAGCACUACAGAAGUGUGUUUUACUCAUUUGAGGAACAGCAUGUCAGCUUGGCCCUUGACGUGGACAAUAGGUUUUUUACUUUGAUGGUGAUAAGGCUCCACCUGGUCUUCCAGAUGGGCAUCAUAUUCCCACACUAAGCAGCCCUUACUAAGCUGAGAGAUGUCAUUCCUGCAGGCAGGACCUAUAGGCACAUGUAGGUUUGAAUGAAACUGUAGUUCCAUUUGGAAGCCCAGGCAUAGGAUGGGUCAGUGGGCAUGGCUCUAUUCCUAUUCUUAGACCAUGCCAGUGGCAACCUGUGCUCAGUCUGAAGACAUUGGACCCAAGUUAGGUGUGACACGUUUACAUAACUAUGCAGCACAUGCCGGGAGUGAUCUCUCAGACAUUCUAAUUUGAACCACGCAUCUCUGGGUAGCUACAAAGUUCCUCAGGGAUUUCAUUUUGCAGGCAUGUCUCUGAGCUUCUACACCUGCUCAAGGUCAGUGUCAUCUUUGUGUUUAGCUCAUCCGAAGGUGUUACCCUGGUUUCAAUGAACCUAACCUCAUUCUUUAUAUCUUCAGUGUUGGCUUGUUUUAGCUGAUCCAUCUGUAACACAGGAGGGAUCCUUGGCUGAGGAUUGUAUUUCAGAACCACUGACUGCUCUUGACAAUUGUUAACCCACUAGGCUCCUUUGGUUAGAGAAGCCACAGUCCUUCAGCCUCCAAUUGGUAUCAAUACUUAGGAAGACCACAGCUAGAUGGACAAACAGCAUUAAGAGGCCUUAGCCCUGCUCCUCUCAAUUCCAUCCGGUAGAGAACAGGAGUCAGGAGCCGCUGGCAGGAGACAGCAUGUCACCUGGGACUCUGCCGGUACAGAAUAUGAACAAUGCCAUGUUCUUGCAGAAAAUGCUUAGCCUGAGUUUCACAGGAGGUAAUCACCAGACAACUGCAGAAUGUAGAACACUGAGCAGGACAACUGACCUGUCUCCUUCACACAGUCCAUGUCACCACGAAUCACACAACAAAAAGAAGAGAUAUUUUGGGUUCAAAAAAAGUAAAAAGAUAAUGUAGCUACAUUUCUUUAGUUAUUUUGAACCCCAAAUAUUUCCUCAUCUUUUUGUUGUUGUCAUUGUUGGUGGUGACAUGGACUUGUUUGUAGAGCACAGGUCAGCUGUCUGGCUCAAUGAUCUACAUUCUGAAGUUGUCUGAAAAUGUUUUCAUGAUUAAAUUCAGCCUAAACGUUUUGCCGGGAACACUGCAGAGUCAAUGCUGUGAGUUUCCAACCUCAGCCCAUCUGCAGGCAGAGAAGGUCUAGUUUGUCCAUCACCAUUAUGAUACCAGGACUGGUUACUUGGUUAAGGAGGGGUCUAGGAGAUCUGUCCCUUUUAGAGACACCUUACUUAUAAUGAAGUAUUUGGGAAAGUGGUUUUCAAAAGUAUAAAUAUCCUGUAUUCUAAUGAUCAUCCUCUAAACAUUUUAUCAUUUAUUAAUCAUCCCUCCCUGUGUCUAUUAUUAUAUUCAUAUCUCAACACUGGAAAUUUUCUGUCUCAAUUUUUACUGUGCCUUUGUUUUUGCUAGUGUCUGUUGUUGCAAAAAAAAAAAAAAAACAAAACAUGCUCUGCCUGAGUCUUAAUUUUUGUCCCAAGUUAAUUUUAAUCUAUACAAUUAAAAACUUUUGCCUAUCA